UCCCAUUUAAACAAACACUGUCCUGCCGAAGAUGGCGGAGAGUUUAUAGAGGCGAAAAAGAAACUGCUCUACUCAAUGAAAGCGUCGAAGCCGGAUAUGCUGAGACAUUGAAGCUACACUAGACCCUGAAUGGAGCUUGACUGGGGCUUGGACUGGCCAAGGUGCUGAUAUGCGCUGAAGAUGAGCGGGGUAGGAGAGAACCCGUUGGAGCCGCUGUGCUCUGACCGCAAACGCAAACUAUCCACCUGUGACACACCAGGCUUAGGGUGUGACAAGCGUCGGAGGGAACAGGAGAGCAAAUACAUCGAGGAGCUGGCCGAGCUCAUCUCUGCCAACCUCUCCAACAUCGACAGCUUCAACGUCAAGCCUGACAAAUGUGCCAUCCUCAAGGAGACCGUGAGACAGAUCAGACAAAUCAAAGAGCAAGGAAAGAGCUCAUGCAACAAUGACGAUGUCCAGAAGGCGGAUGUGUCCUCCACUGGUCAAGGGGUCAUUGACAAGGACCAUCUGGGACCGUUGCUGCUACAGGCCCUGGAUGGCUUUCUGUUUGUGGUGAAUCGAGACGGCAGCAUUGUAUUUGUAUCAGAUAAUGUGACUCAGUACCUGCAGUACAAGCAGGAGGAGCUGAUCAACACCAGUGUGUACAACAUCCUCCAUGAGGAGGACAGAGAGGAGUUCCAUAAGAAUCUACCCAAGUCCAAUGCACCUAACGGGGCAUCGUGGGGUGGAGAGGCGCCCCGGCAGAAGAGCCACACCUUCAACUGUCGUAUGCUGGUGAAGUUUGCCCAUGGUCAAAGUCAUGGGCCGUCAGAGGAGGGGCCUGGGGGCCAGCGCUAUGAGACCAUGCAGUGUUUCGCACUCACUCAGCCCCGCGCCAUGAUGGAAGAGGGUGAAGAUUUGCAGUCAUGUAUGAUCUGUGUGGCACGACGCAUCACUGCAGUGGAGAGGACAGAGAGGUUCAGCACUCGCCAUGAACUGUCUGGUAAGCUCAUUGAGAUUGAGCAGCAGAGCUCUCUCCACACCACGAUGCGUCCAGGUUGGGAGGACCUGGUCAGGCGCUGCAUGCAGAUGUUCCUCCAUCGCAGUGAGGGACAGGCCUGGUCUUACAAACGUCACUUCCAUGAUGCUUUCCUUCAUGGCCAUGCGGAGACCCCUCUCUACCGCUUUUCACUCUCUGAUGGCACUCCAGUCACAGCCCAGACCAGGAGCGACCUCUGCAGGAAUCCAAACUCCAAUGAGCCACCCACCUUCCUUUCCACACACCUGCUCCAAAGGGAGCAGAAUGGAUACCGCAGUAACCAGGCUGGAGGUAUGAGGCCUCAAGGCAUGGGCGUGAACAACCCCAACCCACAGAUGAACAUGGGUCCAGGAGGAGGCAUGGGCAUGGGCAUGAACAGGGGCUAUGUCAUGGGUGAGCAUGGCAAUAUGCCACCAAGAGGAGUGCCUCCAUAUGCUGGGGGCAACCGCAUGAAUCCCAUGAACCAGAUGAAUCCCAUGCAUCAAAUGAAUCAGAUGAACUCCAUGCACCAGAUGAACAACAUGGGUCAGAUGAAUCAGAUGAAUCAAAUGAAUUCCAUGCAUCCAAUGAACUCUUCCAUGAACUCCGUGAACCAAAUGGGGUCUAUGAACCAGAUGAAUCAAAUGAAUCAGAUGGCCCACCAUGGCAUGCAUCAGCAGCAGCACCAACAUCAGCAGAUGGGUCAGUUCCAUGGAGGUGGAGGAGGUGGAGGCUAUGGCAUGGGAAUGACCAGCCCCCCACAGGCUAGUCCGGGGAUGAAUGGCCCCCCGCACAAUGUCAUGGGCUCACCAAGAGUCCGAGGGAGCCCCAAGAUGGGUGCCAGACCCUUCUCACCCGGAGGUAUGAAUUCUCCCAUUAGCUCCAGUCACCCGGGUAACUCUGGUAGUGGAGGAGGAGGGACGACCUUUUCUAGCAGCUCCCUGAAUGCCCUCCAAGCCAUAAGUGAGGGAGUUGGCAACCCCAUGCCCUCCCCCCUCACCUCUCCUCCCCCACACAAGCCCGACAGCUCUCCUAGCAUCAACUCCACCAACCAGAGCCAGGCUCAGGGAGGACCCUGUAAACCAGGCCUCUCAGCCCACUCUGACUCCAAGAGCCCAGGCACCUCACUGGCAGCGGGAGGGGAGCAGCAAACCCAGCAGCAUCCACACACGCCCAUAACAGAGGGCCCUCCUGACAAGCCAGAUAGCCAGGCCAGCAGAGAGGGGGGUCAGACUGGCGGAGAACCCAACCGACGGGUCCCUGACACCAAGUGCCACAAGAAGCUCCUCCAGCUCCUCACCGCCCCAACAGAUGAGCUGGUGCCACCUAAUCCUACACCUAGCUCUGGACCCAACUCCACCCCUGAGGCCAAGGAGGGAGCAACCAGUGUCACCAGCCCCUCCUCCUCAACAGGUGUGUCCUCCUCCACAGGUGGGAUUGGUCAGCAGAGUCUGGGAACAGUGUCUUGUUCCAGUGGGACAGGACAUUGUACCAAUCAGUCCCUGCAGGAAAAGCACAAGAUCCUCCACAAGCUCCUGCAAAAUGGGAACACUCCUGAUGAAGUGGCCCGCAUCACAGCUGAAGCCACUGGAAAGAGCACCCUGGAUACUGGGGGGCCAGAGGCUGGGGCGACAGCCAUUGGAGGGGUUAGGGGAUCAGAAUCAAAGCAGGAACAGCACAGCCCUAAGAAGGAGAAGACCCACGCCCUUCUCCACUACCUUCUUAAUAAGGAUGACCCAAUAGAAAGCGGCGAUAUCAAACCAAAGCUGGAGGAGCUAGAGGGGAGAGGGACUCAGGGGCCAGGCAUCUCCAGCUCCGACCCCCACUCCACAGAUGGAAAAGUCAAGAUGGAGCCACCUGAUGAGUUGGAGACGUUGGAAACCAUUCUGGGAGGCCCCAGGAGCAGCUCUGGUUUUUACCCUGAACCAGACUCCAGAGCAGGGAAAGAAGUGGGAAACAAGCAGGGGAAUAUCCCCGAUAGUUUACACGAUGGGGAGAGAGGCCCCAUGGCCCCAGUCCAACGUGGUCCCUACCAGAGGGCCCUGUCUGUCGAUGCCAAGCCCAUGGGUGGAGAGGGAGGAGUGGGAGGUGGGCUGGCUGGGAGGAGGAAUGUACCCUGUCCCACCCUGGUCAAACAGGAGAACAUGGAGGCUCCCAUUCGAGCUGGAAAUGUGGCCAAUGGCUUUCCUGGAGGCAUUGGUGUUUGUCCACCACGGGGCGGUGCCACAAGAGGUAUGGGUCGAGGCAUAGGAAUGCAACAGCGCCCUCCAAUGGCAGGAACAGGAGACUGGGGGAUGCCAAGGCCCAAUGCCAGCCCUGUGGGUGGACCAGGUCACCCUGGUAUGGGCCGUUCUGGCAUGAUGGGAGGACCCAUGAUCAACCGCUCCAACAGUGUGCCUGGAAACACCAGGUCCAUGCUACAGCAGCAGCUCAUGGAUAUGGGGUCCAGUGAGGGCAAUAUGGGUAUGAGCCCCUUUGGUGGACAAGGCCCCCCACCUCAGUCCCCAUCCUGGCCCGACUCUGCCAUGGGAUUGGACAGACCAGCGAAUAACACAAACAGGGGCCAGUUUGGGAACCCGCUGGAUGAGCUGCUGGUGCCGCCGUCCACCAGCGAGGGUCAGAGUGAUGAACGGGCACUUCUGGACCAGCUGGACUCUCUGCUCAACAACACUGAUGUCAUUGCUCUGGAGGAAAUAGACCGAGCCCUAGGCAUCCCUGACCUUGUAGGCCAGGCUCAGGGUCCUGAGGGGCAACAGCAGGGCCAGGGUCAAGGCCAAGGUCAGUGCCCGCCGUCAGAGCCCUUCCAAGGGCCAGACUCCUCCAUGGGCAUGGACCAGAAGCCCAUGUAUGGCCAGGGUUACCCUGGGCCCCCAGGACCCCCCUCCAUGGGCAUGCAGCCUGGCUAUGGCAGCAACCCCAUGCAAGGCCAGUCUCCUGGAGGCUUCAACCCCAUGAUGAAUCAGAUGGGCCAGCCAGGGGGCUUUCCUGGCAUGGGGGGCAUGGGGGGUAUGGGCAACCCGCGUGCCAACAUGAUGAGACCCCGCAUGAUGAAUGCCACCAAGCCCCUCCGACUGCAGCUACAGCAGAGACUACAAGGACAACAGUUUAUGAACCAAACUCGACAAGGCAUGAAGAUGGAGAAUGCCCCUGGAGGAAACCCCGCCAUGCGCCCAGGCAUGCAACCUGGUAUGCAGCCUCCUGGCAUGGGUGGUCAGCCUGGUUUCCUGAAUGCCCAGAUGAUGGCUCAGCGCAGCAGGGAGAUGAUGACCAUGCAGAUGAGGAGGCAGCGGAUGAUGAUGUUGAUGCAGCAGCAGCAGCAGCAGCAGCAGCAGCAGCAGGGGCAGGGAGCAGCAGGAGGCUUCAGCCCCCCUCCUAAUGUCACAGCACCAGGAGGCAUGGACAGCCCAAUGGGAGGACCCCCAAUGAACCAGCCUGGACAGCAGGCCUUCAACUAUGGUGGCAACUAUGGAAUGAACCAGCAGGGGGAUCCAUCAUUCAUGGGUCCAGGUAGCAGUCCACCAGGCAACAUGAUGCCAGGGCGGAUGGGAGGCCCUCCUCAGAAUGCCAUGAUGCCAGGAAUGCAGGGUAACCCCCAGGGAGGACCCAUGUACCAGUCUGGAGAGAUGAAGGGCUGGCCACAGGGCAACAUGCCCCGCAACAGCUCUUACCCACAGCAGCAGUUUCCCCAGCAGGGCAACCAGGGGCAGUUUGGACCCAUGAUGAUGAACAGUCCCAUGGGCGGACCGGGCCCGGUGAGCGGGCCUGGAGCGGGACAAAUGGGCCAAAUGCCAGGGCAGAUGCAGAGCCAGAUGCAGGGCCAAAUGGGCAUGAACACAAUGGGAAUGGGCCGAAUGCCAGUGGGACCUGAUCAGAAGUUUUGCUGAAGACAUGUAGCUGACAGCAGGAAGAGUCCUCACCAAGAGGGCAGCAGAAUCUGGAGCCUUCCCAGCUGUGGCAGAGCAGUGUGGAGCCAGAGACGAGCUGGCCACAGAAGAGCUACACACACACACACACACACACAUAGUCCUCCAUCCCAAACCACCUCCAGGAGACUCUGAACACACCACAGUGACACAACACAGCACACCGCUCAUACUGGAGACAGCGGGGCAUAAGGACAAACUGUCACAAGGGCCUCUGUCUCCAUGAUGCACAAACACAACAGCUGGGCGUGUGCACGUUUGUGGGUUCACGUGAACGACCUGGAGCUGUCAGGCAGUAUUCGGCUUCAUGGCUGGGAAGCAGAACAGGACUACGGUACAACUGGCUGUGGCUGCACUUUACCUGGAGGCUUCUGUAUGGAAAAGGAUUGUUGCAAUAUUUCCUCAUCAUUACAGCCUUACUAGAGAUUCAAUGCCUUCACAACAGUGGGUUUCUUUGUCUUUCUUAUCAUUUGGAUGCGCCUCAUUCUUACAGAAGUCGUUGGAAGCUAUAAGCACACAGUUUGUUACUGUUUUAUGCAGAUUGGAGCAAUAACUCUUGUCUCUAUGCUUUAGACUGUAACUGAGCAUCAUAACACCUGUCAUAAGCAAACAAAUGGUACUGCAGUAUUAGAUGUCACAAAUGUCCUCUCUGUGAAUAUGAAUUGUAAAUAUUCUACAAAAUAUAUCAUACAUGCUUUUUAUAGGCCCAUUUUAUUGCACAAAGUAUAAGACUUGGUCGUAUUUUUGUGUCUCAUAGGUCAAUAAUGUUUUGGUUGAUUUGCUUUUUUUUUUUUUCCUUUUCAAACUUGGCAAAUGAUGCAGGUGUGUUUUUGGUUUUCCUUCCCUUGUUUGUCAUUUUGCUUUCCCCACCCCCACCCCAAAAGAUAACAGCCAUGUCUUUCAUGUUUUAGUGAGGCACUUUUACUUGUAAUGAUGUGAGUGUCUGAUGAGAUGAAGGUUUUGAGCUUUCACAUUAUCAGAUGUUUUAUUGAAAGUUGGAGUGAGCUCUGUCAGCACAGCCCUUCAGUGUAAAGGCAGUGUCUUUAUCAAAACGAUGUCUGUCUGUCUGUCAGUCUGUGUGUUAGUGAGCUGGGGUGUAACAGGUGGACUGUGCGUCUUGGUGUCCUUGUCGACAGUACAGUGAAGAUGGGAACACAUCCUCCUCCCCCGUUCAGCGACAGGCCUGCUCCUCUCAGUGUUUCUCCCCUCCCUCCACCACCUCUUUCUGUGGAGCGAUUUUAUUCCCCCCAUCUUCCUUUGACUGUUAUUCUCAACUUGCUGAAUCUACCUUUUCAACAUGCGCAAUCCAAAGAUAUUUUUCCACAUCUUUGUAUAGUUUCUGAGGUUGCUGGUGUACAUUUUUUUAUGAUAUAUUAUGCCGAUGAUAAAUGGGUACAUAUCAUGGAUCUUUACAAGCAUAUGAUGGUUAUGGACUGUAUGCAUAAAGGGGACGGGGCAUAUUUCUUCUGUGGGGAGGCCAGGGGGAAGCUGUCAGUGCAGUACUAAGAGGACUGGAAAAGCUCAACCCCACAACAGGAAGUCCUCUUGUUUUUACAUCCAGAAACAAACAAUAAAAACAAACAAAAACUUAAGCAUAUUUUGCUGUGAACAAGGAGAACCAAUGGAAUGGAAUACACUUUAAGACAUAUCAAUCUGUCUCUUCUAUUUUUCAUGAAAUAACUUCAUUUUGUGUCCAGAUUUUGUUACUUCAGGAAAAUGACCUUUGUAGAGUUUCAAUGAAGUGCAAACAGAAAGGCUGGAAAUCACUCGGUUAUUUUGUUUUCUUUAUUUGGAGGUGAGAUAAGCUGUCAUUUUGCAGGAUGUAUAUUACAGAUUUUUUUCUCUUGAUGUUGAUAUUGAUGUAAAUACAAAUUUCUAUUUAAACA